UGAAUGAUCGUUCGUGUUGAUGUCCCAUGAACGUGGUAUAACGAUAAGAAUAAUAAUUUUCCACGAUAUUCUCGAUAUGAAUAUCAAGAAACACGGGGCUAAAAUCUUCCCAGCCGCACAAUUCUCACUGUGAACGAGCGUGAAAAUGCGCGCGAGCUUCCCGUCGAGGACGAGAGCGAAACUUAAGCGGAGCGAAAAUUGAAAAUGAAAAACUCGUGAGUUUGCGAGCGGUUGAAAAUUUGAUAUGAUUCGGCCGAGGGGGGAAUCGAUGGGAGAGGAAGCGUGAGGAAGAAGAAACUUUGCUCGUUCCGUUGGCGAAGGAAAGGCAUUAUAAGUCAGCGCGAUUACACGAUGCUUCAAGAGAUGGAGAUCACUUCGGAGAGGGUGAUCAAAAAUCUGACCAACGUCUCGAACUCGAUGAAUAACAACGAAACGCUGAGGUACAACGAGGAGUUCGAUUACAGCUUCGAUCGCGACCAAGUGGAGAAGAUAGUGGUGGUGGUCGUUCCAAUAUUUUUCGGCAUGAUAGGCAUAUUGGGGCUGGUCGGGAAUUCGUUGGUGGUGAUCGUGGUAGCGGCCAAUCCGACCAUGAGAUCGACCACGAACAUCUUGAUCAUCAACCUGGCCGUGGCCGAUCUCUUGUUCGUCAUCCUUUGCAUACCGUUCACCGCCACCGAUUUCGUGCUACCGUUCUGGCCUUUCGGCAAUUUUUGGUGCAAGAUGGUCCAGUACCUCAUCAUCGUCACUGCCUACGCCAGUGUUUAUACUUUAGUCCUCAUGAGCCUUGAUAGAUACUUGGCCGUGGUUCAUCCUAUUUCCUCGAUGUCGUGGAGGACCGAGAACCACGCGAUCGUCGCCAUUUGCAUCGCUUGGGCGAUGAUAUUCGCGAUAUCAACCCCUGCAUUCUUCGUCCACGGCGAGUUUCAGGACAUGGAUGGCUCGUCGUCGGAGAACCUGACGGCUUGUCGAAUCCUACCGCAAUAUAAUUGGCCGUUAUUCCAGAUGUCGUUUUUCCUGAUGAGCUACCUGCUGCCACUGAUGCUGAUAUGCUUCUUUUACAUUUGCAUGCUCAUCAGGCUCUGGCGCACCGAUCGCGUCAGUGCCGAAAGCCGUCGUGGAAGAAAACGAGUCACGAGGCUGGUCUUCGUCGUCGUUGGCGUUUUCGCCUUUUGUUGGUGCCCUAUACAGGUAAUACUAGUGACGAAAUCGUUGGACGUGUAUCCAUUGACAUCAGCGACGAUAAUGGUGCAAAUAGCGAGCCACAUUUUGGCGUACACGAACAGCUGUGUCAAUCCUAUUCUCUACGCCUUCCUCAGCGAUAGUUUUCGGAAAGCUUUUCGAAAAAUUAUUUACUGCAGACCUCGAUCAGAUCAAAACAGACAAUUGGGACCAUUGACGAAGACUACGAGAGCUGCCAGUACCGGUGACAUCAUUUAGGUGAGUUUCCUUUUUUCCUUCGAGUUUAAUCAUCUCAAAGCUCUUUCUUUUUAUCAUGGUAAUUUCAUACAUUUCCAAUUCUAACCAUUUAAAGACUAUCAUCUAAAUAAAUUAAGUAGCAAGGAUUAAAUUAAUAGGAAAAUAAUAUUUAAUUUGUUUGAAUCAUUCUUUUCCUCGAUUAAAUAUCAUUUCGAAAAUACUUUCGUUCGGUUAUGUUGGCAACUUCGAUCGACAAUAUUCGGUAAUAUUCGGCAUGUUCCGGCGAUCCCGAUUAGAACCGAACUCGUGCGGCGGUUUUUAUGAAAAUAACUUUUAUAAAAUGAUAUUGAUAAAACGAAAUUCGUAAUUUUUUCGAUCACAAAAAAAUUACAGCUUCUUUUUCUUUAUUUAUUUUUCCAUUCGUAAUAAAAAUUUCGAUAGAAAUUUGUCUCGUAAAUUUUCUUUGAAAUUAAUAAUCGAAAUGUAUUUUCUUCCUUAUAUUACCGUGUAUUUCUUUCGUUCUCGUUUCAAAUUUCACGAUAGAAUUAAUUACCUCAUAGACAAUUAACCCUUCAUAAUAGAGAGAGAGUGAAACCCAUCUUUUGCUUUCGUCACUUCUCGACCUCUGGGAAAACUUUCUUUGUUUAGGACAAAGACACGGCUUUGAAAACACAUUCACUUCUUCAGGCACCACUCGUGUCGCUGUAGGCGUAGAUCUUCAAGUUGAAAAUGCAUCAAGGCUUUCUGUAUUCGUAGGAGGCUUCUAGAUAGUUACACUGACCUCGCUUCCAUAUCCAUUUUUCUCUCUCAUUUUACGAGAGAUGUAUUUCGAAUGAAUUCGCGCGAUCAAAAGUUAUAAUCGAAUAUUGAGGAGAAGGAGAAAAAAAAAAAAAUUUCAAAAAACCCUGCAAAAGUUCAUCACGCCAAUUAAUUCUUCAUCGUUCAAUUAAUUAUUUUUCAUCGAAUUCAAUUUUCGACUCGAAAUUUAAUUUCUUCCGCUUGUUUUUAAACAUCGUGACAUCGUUCUUUUUUUUUCUCGAAAGGAAAGAUUAAUUUUUAAAGCGCUCUGUAAAAUAACAAAAUUUCACCGAAUUCGAGAAACCACUUUUACCCCUCGCAUAGCGUGAUAUUCACUUAUUACCCUAUUUCAUUAUAUCUCAUUUGCAUUGUUCGUCGCGCAACGGACGUAUGAUCGAUUCAACCAAUAGUGACAAUACACACGUGACUGGAGGCGGUCCAAUUAAUUUGAUUCGUUGACAAUUUACGAUAACUGCAUCACGGUGCACGAUGUCGAUCGCACCGUGUAUGCAUGCACGAAGAACACGAACGAGAUACAGUGAAACAACAAUAUUAAAGUAGAGAAAUAACAAAUAUAAGCGUAAUUCGUAGGAGUCGACGCAGAUGUUGGAUAAAAUAAAGAUCGUAACUUCGUUGGCCUGCCAUGCACGAGUGAUGCGAUAAUCUUAUUAUUAUGUGGCCGUUGAAAGCGUCCAAUAGAAAAGAAUUUAAACCCUUGUGAUUACCUUCCUUCGAGCCAAAUACAGAUUCGCUUCGUUAACGAAAUUUUUCCCCUUCCAAUCUCUGCACGAAAGAAUACUAAAAAAAAAAAAAUUCAUCCAGUUUUAGAAAUUAACUCGCAAAUAUAUUUCCAAACGAAAUAAAUAACGAAAUGUACUCGAGUUUCCUUUUUCUUUUUUCGAAUCUUCAAAGAUUCCCACCAAGUACCGUAUCCUUUAAUUAAUCCUCCUGCAGGAGUUUCGUUUCAUUCGAUGAAAUAAAGUGAAACGAGACUCCCUCGGUGCUCCUUUCUCUCUCUCCCUCUCUCUUUCCCUCCACUUCUUGUUGCUCGCCACACACACACACCGCAUAAUACCGAUGGAACAAUGAACGUAGACACAGCGUGUCUGGCGCGGACGUAUAAAUCACUGGAACAUCCAAGAGAGUGGAAUCGUUGGUUUUCGAGAGGGAGGGGGAGAGGGAAGAAACGAGGGGUUGGAUCGGCGCUAACUUUCCUCCGAUGACACCCGUGAAACGCUGCUUGCGGAACAUUUGAACGAUGCUCCCUUCUUCAUUCGUGUUACAUCCAUUUUGCGCCUCGCAUUCGACACUUUUCAAACCGACGUUCGAGACGUUGCUUUCUUGCCUCUCGUUUCCACUCCGAGUGGAUACAAUUUCCUUAUUUCGUGCCCUUAUGUCGGAUAAGGGAAUUGUUCUCGGGAGAGAGAGAGAAAAGUAUUAAUUUUGUUCGAGUUUUCGCUACUCUUGAAAUAUAUUUUCGGAUAAUUUUGUUAAUCCGGAAGAAUUUUCCUCAAGAAGAGGAAAAAAAUAAUAGUGCUUUCGAAGAUUUUGAUGGUUUUCUUUUUAAUCCGCUCAAUUUGAAAAAUUUAUCAAGCAUUAUUAAGUUGAAUUUCGGGAAAUUUAUUCACGUCCGAGGGAACUUAUUAGAAGAUUAUUUUCAUAAUCCGAUUUCAUUCCUGUGAAACGUAAUUCCCGCGAGUUGGUUCUGAAAAAUUUCUAAUCGAGUUACCAAAUUGGAUUCUUCGUGGAGAAUCAGUGAGAAUAUUUGGUGAAAUGAUAUGUAUAAAAGGGAAUACGGAUCCACGUUAUCAGUGCUAAUGCACUAUUUUCAAAUUAGGGAGAUUGGAACUUUUUUUUUUUUUUUUUUUUUCAUUCAGACCGAAUCGUUUAUGGGACGCGUAACUUUGAGGAACGGAAAUGGAAAAAUGCUGCCACUGCGCUGACUUCGUUAAUGUCUCUGAAGCGAAGAUGAAAAUGUGUGUUUUGUUCGUAUAUUGGGAAUUGGAGAGAUGCGAAUAAAAAAGAAGUAGAAAAUAAAAAAAAA